AUGCAUUCUGCAAAUGAAGAUGGUGUUGAUGGCAAAAAGAUCCUAGAGAACAAUGAGUUUUAUAGCAUGGAGGAAGGAGGCAUGUUGGAGGUCAAAGAAGAAGCUGUAGAGUCAUUCAUGGUGGGUGACCAUAAUUGCUGA